UCUAUCUUAAACCAUGCUCUCGUGAGCUCUCGUAGUCUCGUCCAUGCAGAGUGUCGCUUCUAACUUCUAUACUGUUCCAUGCUAGUAGUACUGUAGUAGUGGUAAAUUACGGUCCCGGCAGUACGGUAAUUAUUAUUGUACACUUUUUUGUGAAUUGUUCAGUCCCCGCGCAUGCGCAAUAUGAUAAAUAAUUGUCCGGGACUGAUAAGAUUGUUAUCAACAAUCACGAUUUUUCCGGGACUCUAUCCACAGCCUACUAUAUAGUUUACUACAUUACUACUUUACUAUAAAAAAAUAAAUAAAAUAGUUAGUACACACUAYACAGCAAUAAUUGAUUCUUAUGUCUACAACUACAACCUAUUUGCUUAUUCAUUUUUUCAUGGUGUUUUUGUCAUCUACCACACAUCAACACCCUUAAUACUUUUAAACUCAGAUUUAAACUUGUCUAUGCUAAUAACGUUCAAUUAGUAAAUUGGUUAUGCGUAUAAUUAAUUAACACAACAAUAAAGCUAAAAUGUCUGCUAAGCUGGAAUUUGCUGUUAAAAUGGCAUCUCCAUCAUCUGCUGAUAAAAUAAUAGAUCAACUAAGCAAUAAUGGAAUUUCAAAAUCUGACAUCCAUAUAUCUUAUGGAACUGGAAUUGUUACUGUCACUACAGAUCAACCGUCUUCCCUCAUUUUAAAUUCUAUUGAAAAAACCGGUAUGAAAGCAGUUCUUAAAGGAUAUGGAAGUUCUACAUUUGAAAAGAACUUAGGCGCUGCUGUUGCUAUGCUUGGUGGAUCAACUGGUUAUAGUAAAUUAGGUAUAAAUGGUAUUGUUCGAUUUGUUCAGAUAAAUAAUAAUGAAUGCAUAGUGGAUGGUACUAUUGAUGGAUUAUCUCCAGGAAAACAUGGUUUUCAUAUAUAUGAAUGUGGAGAUUUAUCUAAUGGAUGUGAUAGGAUUGGAGAUCAUCUUAAUUUGAAACAAACAUCACACGGCAGUCGAACURAUGACUCAAAUUUUAGGCACACAGGUGAUUUAGGAAAUAUCACUGCUAAUGAAGAUGGAAGGGCAAUAUUUUACUUUAAAGAUAAAUUAAUAAAUGUAUCACAUUUAAUUGGUCGAUCAGUUGGUAUUACAGAAAAUGAAGACGAUGGUGGUAAAACUAAAAUCAAUACAUCAGCUAUUGAUGGAAAUAGUGGGAAGAGAAUUGCUUGUGGUAUCAUCGCUAGAUCUUCUGGUUUAUUUGAAAAUAACAAAAAAAUAUGUGCUUGUGAUGGUGUAACACUUUGGGAAGAAAGAGAUGUACCGUUGGCUGGUCCCGGUAGACAAAGAAAAAUAUAAUGAUGGAAUAGUCAUAGGGUUACUCAUUAAAAAAAUAUAUAUUACGAUUAAAAUUAUACAGGUGUCCAAGAUAUUAAACCAAACAAUUGUUAUUUUAGUAUUAAGAAAAAGUGCAAUGGUUUUAAAAUAAAUAAAAUAUUCUUUUAAUAAAUAUUUUAGU